AGUUUGUUCUCUCUUCACUAGAGAGUGCUGCAGUCUAUUUGCAAAAUGGCCUCGUCUCGACUUCUCCAGCUCGCCCGAAAUGGCUUGCCACCUAGGUCAUCACUUAAUAUGCAGUUCCGUACUACAUACAAACUUGUAACAGAUCCUCUGGGAUCAGAACCCAAGACCAAUCAAGAAAUCGCCGAUCGUGCAGGAGAUCACCUUCUUUUAACGGAGAUCUUUCGAGGUUUUGGGGUGACUCUUGCACACUUUUUCAAAGAGCCAGCAACCAUUAACUACCCAUUUGAGAAAGGACCUCUAAGUCCUCGAUUCAGAGGGGAACAUGCCCUCAGAAGGUAUCCUUCUGGAGAAGAGCGCUGCAUUGCUUGUAAACUGUGUGAAGCCAUUUGCCCUGCUCAAGCAAUCACCAUUGAGGCAGAGCCCCGUGCAGAUGGCAGCAGACGAACCACCAGAUAUGACAUUGAUAUGACCAAAUGCAUUUAUUGUGGAUUUUGUCAGGAAGCAUGCCCUGUCGAUGCAAUUGUUGAGGGUCCUAACUUUGAGUUCUCCACUGAAACCCAUGAAGAGUUGAUGUACAACAAGGAAAAAUUACUGAAUAAUGGAGACAAAUGGGAAGCUGAAAUCGCCGCAAGUCUUCAAGCCGAUCAUCUGUACCGUUGAAGCUUUCGAUACUAGCAAAGUUUCACCAAUGUAAUAUUAUAGUAAGAAGGUCCUUGAUGGUGUCAAUAGAUGAAUACGAAAUCA